GAAAAAAGGGAGAAACUAAAAGAGAAGAUGAGAAAGCAAAGAGAAAAUCGACAAACCGGAGCUGUUUUGGAUUUAGCAACUGAAGGAGAUUACGGCAACUCAGGCGAUGACUUGUCUUGGUUGCCGGAUCCUGAUAGACCAAAGAAAUAUGACGCUGAGUGGAACGAGAUCGGCGAUGAUACACUGGAUGAUCGUAAGGAGGAUGCUGGUGGUACUGACGAAUACGCAGGUAAUAUAGCUGAAAGGCAAACAACUGCAAGAAGACGAAAAAGGAAGCACAUACGGGAAGAGGAAGAGAAAGCAUUAGCAUUGUUGCAUUUUUCGUGA